UUCGUCAGUGGUGCCUGUCAAAAUAUUAGUGCAAAACGUCAAAUUGCUCACAUAUUUUGGAUUUUUGCAGAAGUUUUUGUGCAAAAAUUAGUGAAAAAGCAGGAUGGCGAACAUUAAAACGGAAAAUUUGACUGAACGCAUGGAGAGGAUUCGGCUGAAGAAUGAGGAAAUUGAGAAGAAGCACAGAGAAGCAAUGGAGGAUAGACUUGCAGCAGUUAAGAACAACGCAAUGGUGGCAAUAAAACCACCCAGCGAUGAUGAUUGGCCUCGCCAGCACAAGUACGACACACUGGACUUCACAUAUGAUGCCACUGAGUCACAGAGUGCAGAAAAAAAUCGCCCCGGGCAGGCACAGGUUGUCCGUCCGGGAAAGGAGCACAAGAAAUUUGCUGAUGGUCAGGGACCACCACCAGAUCCUGUGUAUAAUUUCCUCGCAGACGCAGAGCGUGAUGGUACGCCACAGCAAACGAAUACCCCAAGAAUGGGGAAUCAGGAGGGCGGCAAGGGGGCACAGUGGAAGCAAGCAAAUGGUCAGAGGAAUCGAAAUGGGGUAGCUGGUGGGAGUUUUAGGCAGAAUCGAGGUAAACCUCGGGAACAGCGAUAUGCAUUUGAGAGGCAGAAAUCCAGCGGGGAUGCUAAAUGGAAGGGAACACCACAGCAGCGCCCUAUGAAUGUACCGAAUAAAAUGUCUCAAAAUCCAGGGGAGCUCGUAACGGAAAAGAGAGGCAAUAUCACCAUUUCUGUGUCGCAGGAUGGAGAGAUUAAGAGUGUCAAAUUGGCUUCGCCACCUGCAGUUCCUGGCUCUGGUCGCAUUGGGAUUCGUCCUGUGAGCAUGCCAAAGGGGCAGCCGCACUUUACUAAUUCAUCGCCACCCCACAAUAAAAAUUCUAGUCAUCAGCAUUUUCAUCAGCCUGCAAAUUCACACCACCAUCUCGAUCAUCAUCAUAUGAUCAAGACGAGUGGCGUUCAAAGUCGCUUAGAGCGGAACCGUCAAAUUGCUGCGGAAACCAUCGCUGCUGAAAAUUGAGAAUACUUCUUGGGCUCUUGAUCAUGGAGCAUUGCGUCGAUUUUCCUAAGAAAAAAAUAAUACAGCUUCACUUCUUAUUAAUUCACACACAUACUCCUCAGUAUAUAGUUACUGUAUAUAAUUAUUUUAUUCACCAUAAUAUUCUGAGCACAUCAUAUUUAUUUUAUGUUUUUUUGUUCUUGAAAAAAAAAAUGAGGAAGUUUUGCUUAUUUUUUUUUAGUUAUCAUGUCUAUUGUUCAUGUAUAAUUUUAUAUUUAUAAAGAAUGUCCCAUUUUAUUUUAAAUGCUACCUGCGCAAAUAUUAGUUAAUUAAUUUUUAUUUAUUUUUUGGUUACCCAAACAGCAAUAUAUUGAUAUUUUACUAUUUGGAUAAAGUAUUUUUGAGAAUAUUUGAUUUUCAUUUAUCGUAACAUUUUUGAUAUUUUUUCUUUUUACUUUUUUUUUAUCAUUAUAGCAGAAAUUACAAGAAGAUUUUGUAUUUCAGCAGAUUUUUCUUUUAUUUUCAUUAAAAACAUAGACACUAAAUUAAUGCAUUUCCGCUAAUAGAUUUCUUUUUAUGGUCAUUAUGCCAUUCGCACUUGUAGUUCAUUGCACGGAUUCAAUGAUAGGAUUUUAGUGCGAAGAGAUCAAUAGCGCAAUUUCGGAAGAAAGUACAUUUCAUAAUGAUUCUCAUUUUAUCCAAUUCUUCCUUUCAAAUGAAAGAAAGUAAAGUUGUGUAAAGUUUUAUUUUGUCUGACAAAUCAUGUUAAUAAAUCCCCUAAAUAAAUAAAAUAAUCCAACUCAUACAAUACAAUGGAUAUUUUUUAUUUUUGCUGAAAUACUUAUCUCCUUGUUGAUGUCUCAGUGAAUUUAUUUUUUUUUUAUAAUUAUAAAGAGAACAUAAACACACAAUUUUUAAAAUAUUUCUCGCAUUUUUUUUCCUGAGACACACGCAGAAAAUCGCCAAAUUUUAGCAACUCACAAUACAUUUUUACAUCACUCGGGAAUGAGUUUUUUUUCCUUCAUUUCAAGCAUUUUAGAAAAAUAGUUCUCCCAAAUGUGUAUUUAAAAUCCUUUUUUACGAUAUUUUUACUAUUUGUUUCACUUUUUUUUUGUUAAUGUACUACUAUUCUCAAUAAAAAUGUACUACCAUGAAAAUUACUAGCAAUAAAUUUAUAAUAUCUUAUUGGA